AUGCCGCACCACGCCACCCCCUCGCUUCGGGCGGGGUGGGAUUUCUUCUGCUCGGAUGAGGGCCCGGCACAGGACGCGCGCCUGGUGGCGGAUCAGUUCUUCGAGGCCCGGUCGGCGGCGCACCUGACACCGCCGACGGUGGAGUUUGCCGCGGCCGAGCUCGGGACCUUUUGGCAGGCCGGCGGCACGUCGGUGGCCGAGUGGUUCUCGGCCGUGACGCACCUGGCGGCCGAGCGGGCGCCGCCCGGCAUGGUGGCGAGCGCCGCGCCAGGCCCCGGGCAGCCGCCGGCGGCGGCAGUCCCGCCGACGGCGGCGCCCCUGUGCGUCCCCUCCUCGGUCGCGGCCUCGGGGUCCGCCUCGUCGUCCUGCUCCUCGGUCCUGGCGCCGGCCGGGGCCGGGGGCAUUUUGCCGGCCCCCACGCCGCGGCAGUGCUCCAACCGGUUUGCGGAUUUCCUGCGCGGCGAGCUGCCCAGCCAGCUGGAUCUGGCGUCCGGCCUCCAGGCCGACGUGCAGCCCGGCUACAAUGCCCUGCUCGGGUCGUGGCAUGGGCUGGCCGUGCGCCGGGAGUGUGGCUUCGGGGCCGGGGCGCAUGCCGAGUCCUACCGGCUGCGCCUGCGCGAUGCCCGGGCCCUGGCGCUCAAGUCCUCGCAAAAUGACCUGGCCCAGCACCUGUACGAUCGGACGCGCAUGGCCUGGCACCGGCACUGCGCGCGCGGUGGCGCAUGGCUCUGCCAGGUGGAAGUGGUCCUCUCGGGCGGUGGGUCCGUGCCCCCGGCCGGGGCUGUGGCCGGCGGUCCGGCCAAUGCCCCAAGCCCUGCGGGCCGCGCGGCCCCGGCCUCCUCCCCUGCCCGGCCUCCGGCCGGAGGCCGGGGGGCUGGCCCCGGCCCGGGUGCGCGCCCGGGCCCCGGGGCUCCUCCCUCGCCGGGGCCCAUGCCGCCACCGGUGGCCGUGUCCCCGGACCCCGGUGCCACGACUCCCAAUGAUUUGGCGCUGGCCCGGCUGCUGCGGCUGAUCGCCGGCGAGGACAUCGGCAAGCCCACCAGCCCGGUGGCGGCGGCGGCCGCGGCGGCCGCGGCGGCGGCGGGCCCUCGGCCGAGUGUGACUCGGGCUGCCCGCCGGCCGCCUGGAGGCCCGGCCGGCCGUCGCCCGGGACAUGCCGCCGGGCCGGAUGCCGGCUCGCAGUCCGGCGCCACGGCAUCGGCCAUGUCGGCGGCCGUGGCCAAUGUCCUGGCUGCGGUGCCGGCCGCGGCCAAGGUGGCCCCUCCGCUCAAGGUCCCGGCCAGCGCGUGGGCCAGCCCGUGCCAGUGCUUCGUCGGGGCCUGGCUGGCCCGGGUGUCCCCCCGGACGCGGACCCUCGGCCUGCGCCGGGUGGUGGUCGAGGCGUCGGACUCGCAUGUGAUUGUGUGCCGGCCGCUGGGCGGCCCGGGCCCCGGGGACCCGGCCGGCGCCCCUCCCCCCCACGAGGUCCCCUGCAUCAAGCAGCGCUUCCCGCAAUGCUUCCCGGCUCUGGCCCGCGGCUCGGCCGCGGCCGAUCUCUUCCUCAAAACCGAGGAGGUGGCCCGUGUGGCACAUGCCAGUCCGGAGGUCCAGUUUUCGCUUUCCGACGUGUCGUCCUGGCUGACUCCCAAGGCCAAUACCCUCGUCCUGCAUGUGACUCCCACGCACAAUGUGGUCCUCCGGUUCCGGCCCUCCCGCGAGUACCUCAACACGCGGUACCACCUGUCGUGCUUCCCCCGGUCGGAGCUUUCGCAUCCGUCCUCCUUCGAGCAGGAGAUGGCCGCCGCGAUGCCGGCUGGGCUCGGGGCGGGGGGCCAAAACUUCCUGCCGUCCCCCUUCUCCGGGGGGGCGGACUUCGCCCUGCGCGACGGCGGGGGGCUCCUCUUCCCGGGGUCGGCAGCGGCCACGGCGGCCCGGUCGCGGGCGGCCUCCACCUCGGCCGAGACGUCCGCCCGGUCGAGGUCGUCCACCAACGCCUCGCGCUUCGGCCUGUCGCGCGACCCCCCGGUCCAUGACGAGCUGCCCCUCUUCCUGUCCGGUGUGAAUGAGAUGCAGAACUCCCUGCUGGUGAUCUUGAACUUGCACACGCGUGCGACACACCUGCUGCAACACCAGCUCAAGGUCAUGGGCGAGUCGGCCCGGCAGCAAAUCGCCGGGCCGGCCGCGUCGGACCUGGCCCUCUUCCGGGCCUCCGACAGCCUGGCUCGCAUCUGGGGCUGCUUCCGCUUCAAUGAGGCCCUGCACCGGCUGUCCAUUUCUCGUCAAGACCCGGCCGCGGGCGGCGGGGCCACGGCCGACUGGCCCGCCGCCCUGAACUCCGACUGGUGGGAAACAUGGAUGGGCAAGCCGGUGGCCGUGCCGUCCUCUUCCCGGCCGCGGCCGGGGCGCGUGGUACCGCCGGUUCACUCGAACAAGUGGGCGCAUUUCAUGGUCCACGAGAACAUCUCGUCCCUGAGUGUGUUCUCGGCGCAGCUGCUGGCCAGCUUGGCCUCCUGCGACGCGGCCACCUCGCAGGCCAUCGCCACCGCCUUGCAUAAUGUCCGCAGCCGUGAUGGGCGCCAGUACUACUGGGCCUCGGCAGGGGCCGUUGUGGCUGAGUGCCUGCUCCAUGCUCUUGGAUAUCACCCCAGCGCGCCGCAGCCUCCCCCCGGGCGAGCUGGCGCUCCGGCCCCGGUGGGCCCCCCAGGUCGGGCCGAGCUGUUCGAGCUGCUCACCCACACCCUCAGCACGUCGCCCCUCUGGAGCGUGGUCACCAGCCCGACCACCUUCUCCACUCGCGCCCAACGGCCCGGUCCCAGCGGGCGGAUGAUCGGCCAGUCGCUCCCCCGGACGGGGUCUUGCCCGAGCCUGGAGGACCAGCACGCCGAGGACAUGCCGGAGCUCCACUUCCGCGCGGCCAGCCUGCUGACCGAGCGCGAGGUCAUCGCCCGGCAGUCCUCCACCCUGGCCUUCGAGGUGCUGGUGUCCCUCUUCCGGAUAGCCUUCUGCCACACCGUGCGCCAGUUGCGCACCGCGCCGGAUAUCCGUCACGCGGCGGAGUUUGCCCUGAGCGAUAUUGUCAAGGUGCUGCAGUCGCUGCGGGCCUCCGGGCGAGUGCUCUCCUUGGACAACCUGCGCCUCUAUAUGUCCUGGAAAAUGGACGAGGCAUGAGGGACACCCCUCGAUUGUCCCUGGGCCCCUCGCGGCCCUACGCGAGAACAGCACCAAUAGAGCUCAGCACCUUUG